AUGCCGGUUAUCGACGUWAUGGCAGGGGCUUUUCUUGGACAAGUUCUCCAAGUUCUUCACGACACCAUAAAAAAAGCAAAAGAUAGAUCUUCAACCAYAAGGUGCAUCUUGGACCGUCUCGACGCUACAAUCUUUAGGAUCACUCCCUUGGUGGUUAAAGUUGAUAAGCUCAUGAGCGAAGAAGUGGAAGAUUCUCAGAAGAAAGUCAUCGAAGCACUUAAGCAUGCCCUUGAACAGGCUGGUAAUCUUGUCGAGGCUUAUGCGGAUCUCAGACGUAGAAAUUUAAUCAAGAAAUAUAGGUACAAGAGAAGAAUCAAAGAAUUAGAAACUUCAAUAAAUUGGAUGAUAGAUGUGGAUGUUCAAGUCACUCAAUGGGCUGAUAUCAAAGAACUCAUGGCCAAGAUGUCCGAAAUGAACACGAAACUUGACGAAAUCAUGCGUAAACCAACAAAUUCUCCCURUUUMAGGAWGAGUCAUGACAUAUCACAAGGUUCUAAUCAUAAUAUAGUUGAAGCAACAGACCAAUCUUCAAAAAGAAACGAUGAGUGUUCGAGCAAUGGAUCUAAACCGAAGAUGUCCGAAAUGAACACGAAACUUGACGAAAUCAUGCGUAAACCAACAGAUUCUCCCUAUUUCAGGAAGAGUCAUGACAUAUCACAAGGUUCUAAUCAUAAUAUAGUUGAAGCAACAGACCAAUCUUCAAAAAGAAACGAUGAGUGUUCGAGCAAUGGAUCUAAACCGAAGAUGUCCGAAAUGAACACGAAACUUGACGAAAUCAUGCGUAAACCAACAGAUUCUCCCUAUUUCAGGAAGAGUCAUGACAUAUCACAAGGUUCUAAUCAUAAUAUAGUUGAAGCAACAGACCAAUCUUCAGAAAGAAACGAUGAGUGUUUGAGCAAUGGAUCUAAACCGAAGAUUGAUAUCCGCCUUCGAUGGAGUUCAAGAAAACGAAACAAAGAUCGUGAGAUCCGAUUCAUCUUGAAGUGA